AUGGCAAACAACUCACUCAACAUUCUCCGCUCACGUUACGCCUCCUCGCUCAAAGAAUUCAUCUCCUCCCCCCGCACAUUCGAAGUCCUAGACCGCGUCCCCACCGAAUCCCACGAACGACGACCAGCCCAAAACGCCCGAUCCUUAUUCAUCCUAGACUCCUCCUUCAACCCUCCCACCGCAGCACACUUGAGAAUCGCAUCGAGCGCUCUGGAAGAAUCUCCCCAUUCGUCCAGACUACUGUUGCUGCUCGCAACCCAAAAUGCCGAUAAACCAUCCAAACCGGCCUCAUUCGAGGAUCGGUUGAUCAUGAUGACUCUAUUCGCACAGGAACUCCGGACGCAUCUCCAAUCGUCCUUGCCCUCAAUCCCCACCGCGGAUCUACCUCAGGUCGAUAUUGGAGUCACUAAACAACCGUAUUUUGUAGACAAGGCAGCUGCAAUAGAGCAAUCCGGGGAAUACCCGAGCGAUCUGGAACAGGUCCAUUUGACCGGAUACGAUACUCUAAUUCGUAUAUUCAACCCGAAAUACUAUCCGCCUACGCAUACGUUGCAGCCAUUAGAGCCUUUUUUGUCAAGGCAUAGGUUGAGAGUUACGAUGAGGCCGGACGAUGAGUGGGGGAAUUUACAGGAGCAGGAGGAAUAUUUGCGACAUCUUGCGCAGGGUGGAAGGGAGCAGGAAGGCGGGAAGCGGGAGUGGGCGGAACGAAUUCAAUUGAUUCCAGGACGGAAGAUUGAUGAGAUUCCCGUCAGCUCCACGAGAGCUCGUAAUGCGGCUCAGAGUAAGGACGCGCUGCUUCAUUCUCUGGUGCCGGCCGCUGUCGGCUCGUAUAUCAUGGCGCAGGAGUUGUAUCAGUCGAGUGAUAUAUAG